AUGCGGUACCUGCAACUUAAUCUGAGAAAGCUUUUGAAUAAUUUGACGUGCCCGACUCGAGCUCUCCUCUGCUCUGCCCCGCCGACGCAACCGGUACUGACUUCCGCGAGCCAAACGCCAUUGCGCCUUGUUUUCUCGGGACCUGCCUCCCAGUACCAGAACCACCGUCACGGGCAUUUGCCUGCAAUCACAAAAGCCAAACGUUCAUUGGGAAUAAGUAAGACGACUAGAAGGGUCGCAUCGAGUGCACCAAAUACCAAACGCGACUCGAAGAACAACCAUAGCACCCUCCCACUCUCUACGCUGGCUACCCUUCUGCUGCCUCCAGCGCGCGAUCACUUUCAAUUGCCAGCAGUCGAUCGAGCUUGCCGCAGCUUCAAACCCGCCACGCCGUCUCCGGCUUCAAAGCUUACGUUGCCCUCCCUGGAUUUCUUGCAACAACAGGCCAGUCAGCAGUACUGGCCUGGUGCAUCCUCCUCUACUCCAGCCACUACGGCUCAACAAUUGGGCACCCUACCUACCCCACCAAGCGACAGUACGGACGGUUUCAAGCCACCAGGUCACAACAACCGCGACGCGGUCCUCAACAAUCUGGCGACGGCCGCGGUACAGCAGCAGCCCGGUAUGGCCUCGAACUUGGAGCCAACCGGAGCAUCUUCCAGCUUGACAUCUCGCAGACCAGCCGCGAACAACUUGCCAAGCUUCGAACUCCCGGCACCUUUUGGUCAACAAUACGCACAGAAAUACACUCCCUUGCCUGCCAUUAAUGGUACGCAAUCUACACAGGCAUCGGUCAGCGUAGGCAACCUUUUGACGCCGCCAUCGACAGUCCCAGGUGACAACCUUAGUCCGAUAACUUCUGCCCUGAAUGGUCUCAAUAAUAAUAACCAAGGUGGAAUGCCGCCGUACAACAGCUUUGCUUGGCCACCGCUUCCAACAGGUCUGACGCCUAUUGGAAUGGGAAGUGGGAACACGCCACAGCCAUGGACAAACCCAUUGAACCAAGCUCGGGGACUGUUUUCUCCUUCACUGUCGAGCACACUUGCUGCAUCUCUUGCGCGUGGCAACUCCAACUCGCCGUCUGCAACCGAGGGCUUGCCUCCUCCGCCAUUUGACAUGAAAUACGACAUGAGCCAGCUCCCGCCUCUACCUACAUCAAUAUCAAUGUCGGCGGCUACAAGUCUCCCAACCAUGCAGCAACAGGCUCAGGCAAUGGCGUACAUGAACCAGACCCAAACCCAAACCCAGACGCCCGUCUCAGCCACAACCCAGGCGUCGCCUGUCAAUGGCACAGAUACAUAUAUGCAAAGACCAAACUCAACGCCUAUUUUCUACAGCCAGUCUCAACCGUCAUCAGCACAUCAAAGCACUUUUCCUCCGUUCCACACUAAUUCAUCGCCGGUUCAGCAGAGCCCAAUGAGCGCACCACCACAAGGGUCUCGAAUAUCGCCUGUCAACGCUCAAUCAGCAACCUUCUCCCCUCCCACGUCACAGUCGAAUCCGUUCGGUGGCCGCUCCACUUAUGCUCCAUAUUCCCUCCCAGCGCCCAUGAGUGCCCCAGCACACAUGAGCGGACCGAUUAUGUCGAACAUCCAUCACCCAAAUAAUCCAAUGGGCUUGGUCGGCAUACCAAGCCAUGGUCUUCCCGGGGGGAUGAUGGCUGGCUACAAUAGCGGCCACGCAGCACAUCUGCAGCAACAGAUGUAUGGGAAUCCGCAACCGACACCGCAUAAUGAGAGACCCUUCAAGUGCGAUCAGUGUCCCCAAAGUUUCAACCGGAACCAUGACCUGAAAAGGCAUAAGAGGAUACAUCUUGCGGUGAAACCCUUCCCAUGCGGGUACUGUGAGAAGAGCUUUUCGAGGAAAGAUGCUCUCAAGAGACACAUCCUUGUCAAAGGCUGCGGCAAGUCGACAUCCUCCUCGAGCACCAGGGACCGGGAAGACACACCGGAUCCUCAACCAAAGGACGAAUCAAGUGAUAACGAUGAAUCACCCGUUCUCCAUAAUAGUUCAGUGUAG